AUGGACUUCUUAAAGAAACUCAAGGCUUCUAUCGACUUCAACAGUGGACAAAUCACCCAAACCAAACCCAAUCAAGACACACGGACUCGCGCGCGCGCAGGGAGCAGGACAUCAACCUCUCCACAAGUCCACGAACAACCAUGGAGUACGCGUAGCAGUCUAACUGCGAAGAAAAACACCAAUCGUUGGACGCAGUCCUUCGUUGACCGUAGCCCUGCUCCUCCGGAGGCGAAGCACGGCCUAAUGGAACUAUUAAAUGAAUUCUCCAAUUCGUUUGACACCCACGGAUCUAAACUGGGCCGUACCCAUAUCCUCCAACAUACUAUCGAUACUGGACACCACCACACUAUAUAUCAAACCCCUCGCAGAAUCCCUAUCCACUACCGGGCCAAACUGGACGCCAUGAUUCAAGAGAUGUUAGGCGACGGGAUCAGUCGGCCGUCAUCAUCCCCAUAG